CGCACGGAGCGGGACGCGGACCCGCUUCCCCCCCCCCCCGGCUGAGGGCUCGCAAGGGGCGGGGCGCGAGGGGUGUGACGUCACAGCACAGGGCAAUGCGAUUCAUGCAGCCCCCCCCGUGUGACUGUGAACAACCUUCGAGAUGUUAGCACCACCGCGUGGAUCUCCACUCACACACGGUGCCACGUCUCACGGAGACAGGCUCCACAUGGCAGACAGGAAUGUGACCAUGGCCAGAGCCUCCUUCACAACAGCCGCCUGUUGAUCCCCGGGCCACAUGAUCGAAAACGCGUGGUGACAAUUUCAAGCCUCCAGCAGCUCCGGGUCUCACGGGGCGGAUCUCAGGAGGAGCCUCUGCCGCCCCUCUGGUGCCCCGGCGUCCAACAUCCUCCAGGAUCGACCUCACUUCGGCUUGAGGGACGGGCAGAUAUGGACAGAAGAAGUGCCGCUUGGAUCUGGAUGCUCCUUCCUGUGGUGGGCGCCGGUGUGGCGGAGAGCGCGGCGGACCCUCUGACACACCUGGAAGGCAUCGCUGGGAGGUUGGUUUUCUAUCAGCUGGAGGGGAAUGCUACCUGCGUGAGGGACGCUGGAGAACUGGCCUCGGAGGUCCCCACUGAGACCGCGUUUGAACUCUUCGACCCCCAGAAGAACUUCAGCAUGGCAGAGUUCACCUACACGUGGGACUUGGGGAACGGACAGGUGAUCCGGGGGGCGGAGCCUGUGGUCAGGUACCACUACAGCGCCUCGGGGAACUACACACUGCGGCUCCAAGUGGGAGUGAGCAUGACCGAGUAUUCACCCGCCAUCACCGAGUACUACUCCAAAGACGUCCAGGUCCUCGACGCCAUUAAAAGCAUCGAGCUGAAGGGGCCUUCAGACUACGAGGUGUCUCAGAACACGCGCUUGGCUUUUGAUGUUGAUGGAAGUCCUCCCAUGUGGGUGUGCUGGCGCUUCGUGACCAACUGCGUGGCGGACGUGGCGGCGAGCUGCACGCUGACCGUGCUGCACGGAAACACCCUGCGACUGAACCACACCUUCACCGCCGCAGGGGUCCACUGCCUCCACAUCAGCGCCCGCAAUGACAUCAGCAGGAUGCAGACCUCCUUCAGCCUCCACGUCCGGAGAAGCAAUAACACCCACUUGAUCUUCAUCCUGUCGUGCGCUGCCAUUCUUCUGGCGACCUUCUCCUUCAUCGCGGUCAUCGCCUGCCGCCCUCGUCCCCGCGACGGAUCCCAGGUUGCGCCGCGCAGCAACGCAAUAUUUCUGAAGAACCAAGACGCCGAAGGCCAAAGCGCCAUCGUGUUGAACUUCUCGGCGGCGUCGGUGGGGGAGAAGGAGCCACUCCUAACGCAGCGUGGGACGCCACGCUGCUCCUAACCAGCACUCUGCUUAUAAUAUGGCUUUAACACGUUCAGUUCACACACUUUCUACAUUAUAGAUGAUCGAUGAGUCCCAGACCUUUGGCUGACAUUCCCAUCAACUCAUAAUAAAUGAAUAACACAA